AUGCCAAACGCCAUAGAUGCUGCAUUUUGUUCAUCCAAAGCGAAUGAAUGUUACAUAUUUGUGAAACAAAAGUAUAUGGUUGUAAAUUAUGCUCCUGGAGGUCAAAAGAAAGAUAUAAUCAGUGCUCCAACAAAUAUUGCUGGUGGGUUUCCAAUGUUUGCUAAUACAAUCUUUAAAUAUAAAAUAGAUUGUUCAUUUGACACUGGAGACAAUGUUGCAUUCUUCUUCUCCGGCGAUCAAUGCGCGAAAACAAGCUACACUCCAAAUUCAUUAGCAAAAGCCAGAUUACUUCAAGGUCCUAUGCCAAUCAAAACCAUGUUUCCUGCUCUUAAGGGAACCACAUUUGAAAGUGGAAUAGAUGCUAUAUUGAGAUCUCACAAGGAGAACCAUGUUCACUUGUUUAAAGGAGAUCGAAGGUGUCAUUUCAACUUCAAAUCCAAUACUGUAACAGGAAAUAGCUCUAUUUCCAAAUAUUUUCCACCAUUACUUGGUACUGUCUUUGAAAAGGGUAUUGAUGCAGCUUUUAAUACUCACUUUGAAAAUGAAGUUUUCAUUUUCAAAGAUCAAUACUAUUUACAUUACAAUAUUAAAGAUGAUAAGUUUUUAAAUGGGUACAUAAAGCUAAUCAGUGAUGAUUGGCCAGCUCUUCGUCGCAUAUUAUAG